AUGGCAACCCUUCGGCACGCGCACCUUCAGCUGCAGCUGCUGCUGCUGCUGCUGCUGCUGCUCGUGGUGACCUGCAGCAUCAGUUGCCUGCACGCCCCGCCUCGCUGCUGGGGCCCUCACCGCCCCGCCUCGCUGCUGCUGGGUCCUCACCGCCCCGCCUCGCUGCUGGGGCCCUCACCGCCCCACCUCGCUGCUGCUGGGACCCUCACCGCCCCGCCUCGCUGCUGCUGGGGCCCUCACCGCCCCGCCUCGCUGCUGCUGGGGCCCUCACCGCCCCGCCUCGCUGCUGGGGCCCUCACCGCCCCGCCUCGCUGCUGCUGGGGCCCUCACGCCCCGCCUCGCUGCUGCUGGGGCCCUCACGCCCCGCCUCGCUGCUGCUGGGGCCCUCACCGCCCCGCCUCGCUGCUGCUGGCCCCUCACCGCCCCGCCUCGCUGCUGCUGGGGCCCCUCACCGCCCCGCCUCGCUGCUGCUGGGGCCCUCACCGCCCCGCCUCGCUGCUGGGGCCCUCACCGCCCCGCCUCGCUGCUGGCCCCUCACCGCCCCGCCUCGCUGCUGCUGGGGCCCUCACCGCCCCGCCUCGCUGCUGGGGCCCUCACUGCCCCGCCUCGCUGCUGCUGGGGCCCUCACCGCCCCGCCUCGCUGCUGGCUGGGGCCCUCACCGCCCCGCCUCGCUGCUGCUGGGGCCCUCACCGCCCCGCCUCGCUGCUGCUGGCCCCUCACCGCCCCGCCUCGCUGCUGCUGGGGCCCUCACCGCCCCGCCUCGCUGCUGCUGGCCCCUCACCGCCCCGCCUCGCUGCUGCUGGGGCCCUCACCGCCCCGCCUCGCUGCUGCUGGCCCCUCACCGCCCCGCCUCGCUGCUGCUGGCCCCUCACCGCCCCGCCUCGCUGCUGCUGGGGCCCUCACCGCCCCGCCUCGCUGCUGCUGGGGCCCUCACCGCCCCGCCUCGCUGCUGCUGGGGCCCUCACCGCCCCGCCUCGCUGCUGCUGGGGCCCUCACCGCCCCGCCUCGCUGCUGCUGGCCCCUCACCGCCCCGCCUCGCUGCUGCUGGGGCCUUCACCGCCCCGCCUCGCUGCUGCUGGGCUCCGUACACCCACCGUGCACGAGCUCCGUACAGCCACCGUGCACGAGCUCCGUACAGCCACCGUGCACGAGCUCCGUACACCCACCGUGCACCAGCUCCGUACACCCACCGUACACCCACCGUACACGAGCUCCGUACACCCACCGUGCACCAGCUCCGUACAGCCACCGUGCACGAGCUCCGUACACCCACUGUGCACGAGCUCCGUACACCCACCGUGCACCAGCUCCGUACACCCACCGUGCACCAGCUCCGUACAGCCACCGUGCACCAGCUCCGUACACCCACCGUGCACCAGCUCCGUACAGCCACCGUGCACGAGCUCCGUACACCCACCGUGCACCAGCUCCGCGAGGAACACCGCACUUCACCCAACCUGAGACGUCGAAAUGACAGUGAAUCGACAAUAUUCGACAAUCGACCGAUAUUCGACGUUCAGAUCUGCUCAAAUAACGAACCUUCACAGCCCAGCCCCAGCCACGCUCACACUCCAACAAGACCUUGA